AUGGAAUCCAUUAUCCUCCAGCUGGGCACCUUGAACAAGUGGGGCUGGCUUCUGAGGCUGCUCAGUAAACACUCAGAAUGGAUGAGUGCCAAGGUGAAGUUCUUUCUCCCCACCAUGGACCUGGGCUCCAGGAACGAGGCUUCGGACCCUCAGCAGAGGGUCAUCCUCCAACUCAGCAAACUGCAUGCCCAAGGCCUGGCCACCUGGCAGUCAUUCAUCCACUGCAUGUGCAUGGAGCUGGAGGUGCCUCUGGACCUGGAGGUGCUGCUGCUGAGUACUUGGGGCCAUGAAGACGGGCUCCCCAGCCAGCUGGGAACUGGUGAGGAAAGCCAGCCUGGGACUCAGCUCCACCAUGGCCUCAAGCGCCCUCAUCAUAGCUGUGGGUCCCCACCCCACCGGAAGCAGAGCAGGAAGCAGAAGCUAGAGUUGGCCAAGAGGUACCUGCAGCUCCUGAGGAGCUCUGCCCAGCAGCGCUAUGACAGUGGACUCCCUGGGUCAGGGCACCCCCUAGCCCUCCACCAGGCCUACGUCCCCCCAAUCCUGAAGUGGAGCCGGGCCACAGCACACUUAGACACUCAAGAGGGGGCUGUUAUGGGGGACCCCAAGGCAGAAGAUGGCACUGAUGUGAGCAUCUGGGAUCUCUUCAACUCCAGGACCAACAAGGGCCCAAGGGUGACAGUGCUCUUGGGGAAGGCUGGCAUGGGCAAGACCACACUGGCCCACCAGCUCUGCCAGAGGUGGGCCAAGGGCCAGCUGGACUGCUUCCAGGCCCUGUUCCUUUUUGAAUUCCGCCAGCUCAACCUGAUCAAAAGUUUCCAGACGCUGCCCCAGCUCCUUUUUGAUCUGUACUUGAACCCCACGUCAGACCCUGAUGCUGUCUUCCAGUACCUGGAGGAGAAUGCUGAUAAAGUCCUGCUGAUCUUUGAUGGGCUGGAUGAGGCACUUCCCUCCUGUUCCAACAGGGAGACUGUGGGGCCUGAUGAACCAGGUCCACCCUUUACCCUCUUCUCUGGUCUCUGCCGUGGGACCCUCCUGCCCGGCUGCUGGGUGAUGGCCACCUCCCGUCCGGGAAAGCUGCCUGCCUGCCUGCCUAGGGAGGCAGCCAUAAUCCACAUGUGGGGCUUUGAUGGGCCGAGGGUGGAGGAGUAUGUGAGUCACUUCUUCAGCAACCAGCCUUUGCAGGAGGUGGCACUAGCAGAGUUUCGGGAAAAUAGACAUCUCCGGAGCAUGUGCGCAGUACCUAUACUGUGCCAGGUCGCCUGCCUCUGCCUCCGCCAUCUGCUUGCUGGCACCUCCCCAGGCCAAUCUGCAGCUCUCCUGCCCACUGUGACUCAGCUGUACCUGCAAAUGGUGCGCGCCCUCAGUCCCCAUGGAUUCCUGCCCACCACGCCCCUUCUAGGCCUUGGGGAGGUGGCCCUGAGUGGCCUGGAGACCGGGAAAGUUAUCUUCUAUGCAGAAGACAUCCCUCUACCCAUGAUGGCCUUUGGGGCAGCCCACAGCUUGCUGACCUCCUUCUGCAUCCACACAGGCCCCGGGCACCAAGAGACAGGCUAUGCUUUCACCCACCUCAGCCUGCAGGAGUUUUUUGCUGCCCUGUACCUGAUGGUCAGCCCCAGGGUGAGCAAGGACAUGCUUGAAUGCCAUGUCACCCUCAAUUCCCGCUGGGUGCUUCGCACCAAAGCUAGACUGAACCUUUCAGACCACCUCCCCACCUUCCUGGCGGGCCUGGCAUCCUGCGCCUGCCGUCCCUUCCUCAGCCACCUAGCACAGCAGGACGAGGCCUGGGUGGGCACCAAGCAGGCUGCUGUUGUGCAGGCAUUGAGCAAGUUGGCCACCCACAAGUGCAAGGGGCCGAAGCUCAUAGAGCUGUGUCACUGUGUGGUUGAGACUCAGGAACCUGAGCUGGCUGGUCUCACUGCCCAAAGCCUCCCCUAUCAACUUCCUUUCCGCAAUUUCCCACUGACCUGUGCUGACUUGGCCGCCCUGACCAACAUUCUGGAGCACAGGGAUAGCCCCAUCCACCUGGAUUUUGAGGGCUGCUCCCUGGAGCCCCACUGUCCUGAGGCUCUGGUAGGCUGUGGGCAGGUGGAGAACCUCAGCUUUAAGAGCAGGAAGUGUGGGGACGCCUUUGCCGAAUCCCUGUCCAGGAGCUUGCCAACAAUGCAGAGCCUGAAGAAGCUGGGGUUAACAGGAAGUAAGAUCACUGCCCGAGGCAUCCACCACUUGGUGCAGGCUUUGCCUCUCUGUCCACAGCUGGAAGAAAUCAGUUUUCAGGACAACCUACUCAAGGACCAGGAGAUGCUGACCAUCGCAGAGGUACUCCCUCACCUGCCGCUGCUCCGGAAGAUUGACCUGAGCCACAACAACAUCUCCGUGUCUACCCUACUCUGCUUGGCAAAGAUGGCAGUCGCAUUCCCUACCGUCAAGAUGCUGCAGGUCAAGGAGACGGACCUCAUCUUUCUCCUUUCCCCGCUCACAGAGACAGCUGAAGUGCUACAAAGAGCUCCAGACUUACCAGAAAAUGACAGCCCGAGGAAGGAGGCUCAGAGCAGAAGCCUGACACUCAGACUCCAGAAGUGUCAGCUCCAGGUUCAUAAUGCAGAGGUCCUCAUAGCCCUGCUCCGGGAAGGUCCCCACCUGGAAGAAGUGGACCUCUCAGGGAACCAGCUGCAAGAUGAAGGCUGCUGUCUGAUGGCAGAAGCUGCACCCCAGCUGCACAUCGCCAAGAAGCUGGACCUCAGUGACAACGGGCUCUCUGUGGCUGGGGUGUGCUGUGUGCUGAGAGCAGUGAGCACGUGCUGGACCCUCACAGAGCUGCACAUCAGCCUGCUGCACAGAACUGUUGUCUUCACAUUUGCCCAAGAGCCAGAAGAGCAGGAGGAGACCUGGAAGAGGGCUUCAUUCCUUGACAGCCUCAUGCCCAAGAGGCCCUCUGAGCCACACUUGAGCUCCCGAAGGAUCAGGUUGACACACUGCGGCUUCCAAGCCAAGCACCUAAAGCAGCUCUGCAAGGCACUGGGAGGAUUCUGCUCCCUUGGUCACCUCGACUUAUCAGGCAAUGCUCUGGGGGAUGAAGGUGUGGCCCUGUUGGCCCAGCUGCUCCCCGGGCUGGGCGCCCUACAGUCUUUGAACCUCAGUGAGAAUGGCUUAUCCCAGGACGCCCUGUUCAGUUUGGCCUGGUGCUUCUCUGCUCUGCAGUGGAUUUUCCACGUGGACAUCAGCUUUGAAAGCCAGCACAUCCUUCUGAGAGGUGACAAGGGAAGCAGGGCUAUAUCGGCUGGUGGAUCUUUGCCAGAGUUCUCAGCAGGAGCCCAGUCCUUGGAGUUUGGUCAGCGCCGCAUCCCCAGGAGUUUUCGCCUCAAGGAGUGUCAGCUUGAGCCCCUGAGCCUCACCCGCCUCUGUGCAACUCUGGAGGAUGUCCCAGGGCCACUGGAAGUCCAAUUGUCCUGUGGGGUCCUGAGAGACAAGAGCCUGGAGACCCUGCUGCACUGCUUAUGCCGACUCCCCCAGCUAAGCCUGCUGCAGCUGAGCCAAACAGUACUGUCCCCAGGAAGCCCCUUCCUGCUGGCCAACAUCGUUAGCAUGUGCCCACGAGUUCAGAAGGUGGAUCUCAGGCCCCCGCAUAAUGUGACCCUGCACUUCAGGUCUAGUGAAGAGCAGGAAGGCGUGUGCUGUGGGAGGUUUACAGGCUGCAACCUCACCCAGGAGCAUGUGGAGCCACUGUGCUGUUUGCUGAGAAAUUGUGAAGACCUCAACCAGCUUGAGCCCUCGGGGAGACUGGGAGGAAGGAGGACAGCAGCCCCCACGGGCCCCACCCAGCCCCUGCCUUUGCCUUCUGCCCUCAGGCUGAGUGAGUGCGGCUUUGGGCCAGAGCACAUGCCUGGCCUGGCCAGCAGCCUGAACCAGGCCCUCCAGCUGACAGAGCUCACGCUGACACGGUGCUGCCUGGGCUUGAAAGAGCUGACCCUCCUCCUGUGCCUGGUGAGGCGGCCAGUGGGGCUGCUCAGAUUCAGGGUGGAGGAGCCGUGGGUGGGCAGAGUUGGGGUGCUCUCCCUGCUGCAAGUCUGCACCCAGGCCUCAGGCAAUGUCACAGAAAUAAGCAUCUCCAAGACCCAGCAGCUCUGUGUCCAGCUACAAUUUCCUCUUCAGGAAGAGAAUCCAGAGGCUGUGGCCCUCAGGUCGGCUCACUGUGACCUUGGGACCCAACACAACCUUCUGGUCAGGCAGCUGAUGGGGACAUGUGCCAGGCUGCAGCAGCUCAGCUUUUCCCAGGUUAACCUCUGUGAUGACGGUGAUGCCAGUUCCCUGCUGCUACAAGACCUCCUGCUGUCCCUCUCUGAGCUGAAGAAAUUCCGGCUGACCUCCAGCUGUGUGAGCGCUGAGGGCCUCGCCCACCUGGCAUCUGGUCUGGGCCACUGCCACCACUUGGAGGAGCUGGAAUUAUCGAACAGCCAGUUCUUUGAGGAGGCCACUGAGGUUCUGAUGGGUGCCCUUGAGGGGAAGUGCAGGCUGAAGAGGCUCAAGCUCAGUCACCUUCCACUGGGCGGCUCUACCCUGGCCACACUCACUCAAGAACUAAGCUGCAUGACCCUCCUGCAGAGCCUCUGACUGAGUGGUAACAGCACUGGUGAUAUUGGUUGCUGCCACCUUUCUGAGGCUCUCAGAGCUGUUACCAGCUUGGAAGAGCUAGACUUGAGCCACAACCAGAUUGGAGACGCCGGUGCCCAGCAAUUAGCCGCCAUCCUACCAGGGCUGCCUGAGCUCAAGAAGAUAGACCUCUCAGCAAAUGGCAUCGGACCGGCUGGGGGAGUACAGUUGGUGGAGUCGCUCUCUCUUUGCAGGUGCCUGGAGGAGCUAAUGCUUGGCUACAAUGCCCUGGGGGAUCCUACAGCCCUGAGACUGGCUCAGAAGCUGCCCCAACACCUGAGGGUCUUGCACCUGCCAUCCAGCCGUCUGGGCCCAGAGGGGACCCUGAGCCUGGGCCAGGCCCUAGAUGGAUGCUCACAUGUGGAGGAGAUCAGCUUGGCAGAGAACAUCCUGGCCGGAGGAGUCCCACAUUUUUCAAAAGGGCUCCCACUGCUCAGACGGAUUGAUCUGGUUUCCUGUGAGAUUGACAACAAGACUGCCAAGCUCCUCAUUGCCAGCUUCAUGCUCUGCCCAGCCCUGGAAGAAAUCUUGUUGUCCUGGAAUCUCCUCGGGGAUGAGGCGGCUGCUGAGCUGGCCCAGGUUCUGCCGCGGAUGGCCCGAUUGAAGAGAGUAGACCUGGAGAAGAAUCAGAUCACAGCUUGUGGAGCCUGGUUCCUGGCUGAAGGGCUGGCCCUGGGGUCUGGCAUCCAAGUCAUCCGCCUCUGGAAUAACCCCAUUCCCCCCGAUGUGGUCAAGCGUCUGCAGUGCCAGGAGCCCAGGCUGGACUUUGCCUUCUUCGACAACCAGCCCCAGGCCCCUCGGGGUUCUUGA